UUUUUUUUUGGUGUUGGGAAUGGAUCAUGGUCGUAACUUAUUUGUUUCUUCAGAUGGGUCUGUGGAAUCUGGUUGGACAGUGUAUUUGGAGAAUUCUUCUUCUUAUUUCAGUAGAAGAAUUGAUGAUCAUAAGGAUUUUUAUGAUGAUGAUGAUGAUGAUGAAGAUCAAGAAGUGGAUUUGUCUAUGGUUUCUGAUGCUUCUUCUGGCCCUCAAAUUUUCCCGGAAAACAAUAAUAAUGAACUUGUUUUCCCUCAAAAUUACGACAAUCCUCCGCCGUGUUAUUGCGCUAAAACCGCCGGAAGUUUGCUAAAAACUGGCCGGAAAAUGAAGGGCGGUGAGAGCGACCGACGGCAGCAGCAAACCACGUCGUUUCUUGAUGACACUGCUACUUCUGAUCCCAACUUCAACCUCAAUAAUUCGGAGAAUUCAACUUACCAAAAUCAAUUUAACAGCAUCAGAAAAUCCUCUCUAUCUGGAAACCAAAGGCAGAAAAAUCAGUGGUUUAAAGGGAAGAAGAGAUCAGGAUUGAGGUAGAAUUAUAUUAAUUUUGGCUUUGUCAACUAUGAAAUUUGCCAAAAGGAGUGAUGAAGAGAUUACCAAAAGGAGUGAUGAAGAGAUUACUAUCAUAUAUAUAUGAUUAGGGUUGUGAUUGAGAUAUGAUCAAAUGGGGUUUUUUUUUAUUUAAUUUUUAUUUUGAACAUUGAAUUUUCUUGUCAAUGGGAUUGGACUACUUUUGCUGUGUAGCCAUGAGGAAGUGAAAAAAAUGACAAUUAUUGUUGUACUAAAUGAACAUGUGUAUGUUUGUAAAGAGAGAGAGAAUAACUAAGCAUCAGUAAUAUUUUUUGUUUGUAU